AUGAGGACGUCCGAGCUGAUGAAUCUGAAAAAGCCAAGCAGCGGCGGAACGCGGGAUAGCCGUGUGUCCUCGGCUGCUACAGCGGCGAUACACGGGAGAGGCUUACCCAGCAUACCCAGUUCUCUGACGGUUCCAGAGCCCAGCGUAAUUACAGAUCUCGGCGAGCACCUCUCCAACCUCUACAAGCUGCGGACGAACUCGUACCCUGAGAGCUUUGACUGUGCUCCAGGGGGACUCGGAAGCCAAGUUCACCGCGCCAUCUGCCGACCCGACAUGAACAAGGCCGGUUUUCUUCCAAAGGGCCAGCUUCAAAGGAUCAUUAACUGCGACGCAGUGAAAAAAGAGCUGAUGAAGCACGAGGCAUCGCUUCGGAAGCGUGAACCGAGCUGGCCGGUUUACAACAGGGUGGGGAGCACGCCCACGACACCUCGUUUCCCACGGCACAUGCGGUCAGACCAAAGAUUCCAGAAGAUCAUGGCGAUCCUGCUGCUGAUUGAGCGGCCGUCCCGGAUCCGGUCGUUCGUCGAAGAAGGGGUUUGCGACGCAGACCUGCCCCUUGUCAAAGUUCUUACCAAGCGGAUACCCUUCAAACGAUGGGAGUUACGCCGUCGGAAGGACCGUGAGACUCAUCUCCGGUGCUUCGAGAAGUGGAGACAAGUCACGCUGGAGAAGUUUGAAGAACACCAAUGGGCCGUGCUCGCCCCUUUCUUCGCUCGCGACCUGACAGCCCCAAGGAAGGUGCCACAUUAUUAUCUGCCGGACCAGGUCAUCUUGCCGUGUCUGGUUUGGGAGAGGCAAGGCGAGGGGGGGUUCGGGCAAGUUUACAAAGCCGAGAUUCAUCCCGACCAUCACGACUUCUCCCAACAUGCUGGUUCCAAAAAGGACCUGUUCGCGGUUAAGCAGCUGUGUUCGACGGAUGAAGCCGACUUCCGAAAGGAGGUGGAGAUCCUGAAGAGAAUCAGUCGGCACCCGCACAACCAUCUAAUAACCCUCCUGGCCACGUACCAAUACCUUGGUCGCUACCACCUCAUAUUCCCCUGGGCAGAUUGCGAUCUCGGGGCGUUUUGGCGAACCAGAAUGCCGCAGAACGACGAAGACACGGCCCGCUGGCUUGCGGAACAGUGCCGCGGCCUGGCGUCUGGAUUGGCGACGAUCCACCGGUACAGGAGAACCUCAACCGACUCCACCCUGGAUGCGAGGCUCGUGAAGGGAACUGAUCCGGGGAAACGCCCGACAAUCCUCUUCUGCCGGCACGGCGACAUCAAACCGGAGAACAUACUCUGGUUUCCGUGGCCAAGCGGUCCGGCCGGCAACAAAGGCGUCCUGAAGAUCAACGACUUCGGCACGGCCGAGUUCACCUUCCAGGAGGUCAUCCCGCGGACGAAAGCACUGCCCAUCACUCCGCGAUACGCGCCUCCCGAAGCCUGCGUGCCCGAGAUCGGCGGCUUCAUCGGGACGUCGUACGACGUGUGGUCUCUUGGGUGCUUAUACCUGGAGUUCAUUGCCUGGUGGUGCGGCGGCUGGCCGCGGAUCGACGCCUUUAUGCAGAAGAGGCUCGCUGUCGACAACAUCUCCUCCGAAUUCCUCGUCGGCACAUUCUUCACGGUUGCCCCAGACUGCGAAAGGGGGGUUUCAAAGCCGAGGUCAAGGGAUGCGUUGAUGAGGUUCGCGCAGUCUCAUGCUGUCCUAUCUUGGCGAAACCAUGGAUGUUUUCCCUAA